UUGGAACAGCUACUGUUCGAGAAGAUUUGAUCUUCGAGCAAACGCCUGGAUGAAGCUACAGAACGAAACGAGUGGAAAUUCAGAAGCAGCGUGUUCAUUACAAAUCCGACUAGGUAACAUAUGGAUCAUUGCCCUAAUCUAAUUCCGAAGCAAUGCGUCUCAAAAAAGGGGCCGUGUGUUCGUGGCUCAACAUUAAUCGCAAAGUUACCGUUGCAGGCUACACCAGCAUGCCUAUUGGCUCAAUAAGCGUUUGCACGAGGAAUGUUGUCCCUCUGAACUUCCGUGUUCGAUCACAGAUGGGCAGCAACAUUUGUACCGUGCUGUCUCGAAGGACAUCGAACUCUUGCUGUUCCUAUGGCAUUUCAAGACCAAAGUGUUCGGAUCAAACCAUCUCCACAAUGUCGUCUUGUUCACCAAAUACUAGCCAAAGAUUUCAGGGAGGCUGUCUCAGUUAUUGCUUCUCCAGACAGCCAAUUGAGUUGAAGUCUUUUAAAGAUUUGAUUACAGAUGAAGGGUUGUGUGGAAGAGGACUUGAAAUUUCAUUAUCAUCCAAAGUUCAUGCUGAAGCAGCUUGUGAGAAAGAGGAUAAUGAAGAAAAUUCUGAUUCUUCUCAUGUCAAACUCUCUCAUGGAAAAAAGGUUUACACUAAGUAUUCUGUUAUAGGAAUUCCCGGAGAUGGACGAUGUUUGUUCCGCUCGGUCGCUCAUGGUGCUUGUUUACGAUCUGGGAAACCAGCUCCAAGCCAGAACCUUCAGAGAGAUUUGGCAGAUGAGUUACGGACUAAAGUUGCAGAUGAGUUUAUCAAGAGACGAGAGGAAACAGAAUGGUUCAUUGAAGGUGAUUUCGAUACAUAUGUGUCUAAUAUGCGAAAACCACGCGUAUGGGGAGGCGAGCCCGAGCUAUUCAUGGCCUCUCAUAUUCUUCAAUUGAAGGCUGUGGUUGCUGCUGCAGUGCACCUAUCAUAGUGUACAUGUACGAUAAAGCUUCUGGUGGGUUGAUAUCCAUUGCUGAAUAUGGCGAUGAAUAUGGCAAACAAAAUCCCAUCACAGUUCUGUACCAUGGCUUUGGCCAUUACGAUGCUUUGCAAAUUCCUGCAAAUCAAGGGGUCAGUAUAUCAAAACUUUAGUGUUCCUUAGUCAAUUAUUGUGAAUUAAUUCAUCCUAUUUCAUUCUAUAAAUAAAUUUCAAUUUCCAUUUCAAUGAUGGAUAUGAGAAUCCAUCAUGUACAUUACUGAAUAUCUUGUAUCUGUAUGUCAAAAUAGGUUUAGUCCUUUCGUU